AGCGUCGUUUCAUGAAUCUCUCAGCAAUUCAUUCCAAAAGGAUCGUGUCUACUCACUUUCCAAGGCUCUGUCAUUGGCAACGACAACCUAUUUCUUUUAUUCAUUGCCGUUCCUUAUCUUCAAUGACAAGUGACACUCACGUCAAACAGGCCACAACACACAAAAGCUUCAAGCUCUCCAAACCGUUCCUCGAUAAAUACAAAGACGCUAUUCCUCCAUUUGGCUUCAAUGGGUUAGGAGAGAUAGUCUAUCGGCGAACAUACUCGCGUCUGAAAGACGAUGGCGAGAGAGAACAAUGGUAAAACCGUGGGAAACCGUAGAAAGAGUUGUCAAUGGGACAUUUAACAUGCAGAAGCGAUGGAUAGAUUCCAAUGACCUUCACUGGGAUGCAGCACAAUCACAAUUAUCUGCUCAGAAUAUGUACGAUCGGAUAUACAAAAUGAAAUUUCUACCGCCUGGACGCGGACUUUGGGCAAUGGGGUCUCCCCUAACUGAGGAGCGCAGGAUGUUUGCUGCCUUAAACAACUGCGCAUUUGUCAGUACGGAAACAAUGUGGGAUGGUAAUCCAUCGCUCCCGUUUACUUUUAUGAUGGAUGCUGCAAUGCUUGGAGUCGGCGUCGGCUUUGACACGAAAGGCUCAGCUGUAGCGAACCACAAGAGCCUUACUGUUUUUGCACCUUCAAAUUCCAACACUAAGAAUUAUGUAAUACCAGACUCGAGGGAAGGCUGGGUACAUUCUGUUGGCCGAUUGCUUGAUUCGUACCUUUUGAAGAAUAACUCAGUGGUGACGUUCGAUUACACUCAAAUUAGACCAGCCGGUCGGCCUAUAAAGGGAUUCGGCGGGCUGUCCUCCGGACCAGAUCCCCUUGAACAACUUCAUGAACACAUCCGUAAUGUACUGGACAAAAAUGCCGGCAAACCAUUGACUACAACCUCCAUUGUUGACAUAAUGAACAUGAUUGGGAAAUGUGUUGUUAGUGGAAAUGUGCGCAGAACAGCAGAAAUUGCCUUCGGAGACCCUGCAGAUGAAGAGUAUGUGGACCUUAAAAACUACGAAGUAAAUCCUCAUCGAGCCGAGUACGGAUGGACUAGCAAUAACUCGGUGUUUGCAAAUCUUGGAAUGGACUAUUGCGAUGUUGUAAAGCGCAUUAUUGCCAACGGUGAGCCAGGAUUUUCGUGGCUUCAGAAUGCUCAGCAAUAUAGUCGCAUGAUCGAUCCUCCAGAUUUUAAGGAUUAUCGUGCUAAAGGUGGCAACCCGUGCCUAGAGCAAACCUUAGAAUCCAUGGAACUCUGCUGUUUGGUGGAGACUUUCCCUACGAACCACGAUGAUAUCGCAGAUUAUUUGGAAACUCUAAAAUAUGCUUUUUUGUAUGCAAAGACUGUCACUUUGGGUACGACUCACUGGCCCGAGAGUAAUGCUGUGAUGCUCCGAAAUCGGCGCAUUGGAACCAGUAUGAGUGGAAUAGCACAAUUUAUAAGCAGACGAGGACUUGAUGAUCUCAAGACAUGGUGUGAGGCUGGGUAUCAGCAAAUACAAUCCGUCGAUAAAGAACUCUCAGAAUGGCUCUGCGUGCCACAAUCUAUCAAGACCACUACCAUUAAACCUAGUGGAACAGUAUCAUUAUUGGCUGGAGCGACGCCCGGUAUGCAUUAUCCCGAGUCAAGGUAUUGCAUUCGACGCGUUAGAAUAUCUAAGCACUCAGAAUUGAUCGUACCUUUAACUGAAAUCGGGUACACGGUGGAGCAAGAUGUUGUGGAAGCUAAUUCAAUGGUUGUGGAAAUACCCAUCGAUCACGGCGAAGGAGUUCGAGACUUGACACAAGUCUCCAUGUGGGAGCAACUUAGUCUAGCAGCCUUCCUUCAACGAUACUGGAGCGAUAAUCAGGUUUCCUCAACCAUCACCUUUGAUCCCAAAACCGAAGGUUCAAACAUAGAACACGCACUACAUUAUUUUCAAUAUCAGUUGAAGGGAAUAUCUUUCCUUCCACGUCUUCCCCUUGGCGCUUAUGCGCAAAUGCCAUUCGAGGCAAUCACGGAGCAGAAAUAUGAAGAGCUCAUCAGCAAGCUCAAAACUCUUCCAGAACCUUCGGUUCCUAAACCGCCACGACAUCCACCAUCUCGAAAUUCAAAAUAUAAACGACCCAACGUGGAUCUCAGGAACUACAAAAUCAAGGACAAGACAGACCCGGAAAUGGAGUUAUUCUGCGAUUCCACAAGUUGUGUUGUAGUGGAGACAGAGAAAUCCAUAAAUUCAUCAGAUCGUUUGAGAUCCAGAAAUGCCCAUUGUAGGUCAAACGCGUGGUCCGCUCUACAGAUGUGUGGAAAGAAAGAUCGUCAAUAUGAGGUGUUACUAUGACCAACAUGGCGUGCAACAACAAAAUGAAAUAUCUUUACCCUUCCACCAGCAGCAGCUGAGAUUUUAUGUUGUUCUUCUGUAAAGCUUCGUACAUCGCCUCAGC